UUCGACCUCGCCGUGCCCUGGGGCGCGGACGGCGAGGGCGGCGCGGUGUCGCUGGAGCUCGUCCGCGUCGCGGGCGACGGGACGCGGACGUCGGUCGGCGCCGCGGCGCUGGCGGGGUCCGCCGCGGCCCUCGCGGCGGCGCCGGGCGUCGGCGAGGCGACGCUCGGCGACGCGCGCGUCGAGUACCACGUCGCCGUGACGAGCUUCGCCGACGCCGCGGACCUCGCGGUCGCGGACCGCAGGGCGCUCGACGCCGCCAUCGACGGCCUCGAGGCGCGGCCGAACCUGGCGCACCGCGUCGUCGGCGCCCUCGACCUCCUCCGCGACGCCGCCGAGGACCCCCCCGCUUUGGACGUGGGGCCCGAGCACGUCCGGCCGACGGGCCUCAACGACGCCCCGCUGGCGGCCGAGGUCGCGCCCGCGUACGAGGCGGCGGGCUGGGAGAAGAGCCCCAAGUCCGACGCCGUGGCGCCGAGCGACGACUGGGAGGACGGCGCGCCGCUGGAGAAGCGGCCGUGCUGCGGCGCGUGCGACGACAACCCGCGGUGCCAGGCGUGCUGCGCGAAGGGCAAGCACGACGUCAAGCAGGCGCACGCGGACUACGACAACAUGAGCUGGGUCGAGUGGGUCGACUACGCCGAGGAUCUGUCGGAUUCCGUCGGCGAGUUCGCGGACGCCAUCGUCGCGCUCGAGGACAGCAUGAACGAGGUCACGGCGGACAUGGGCAUCUCCAACUACCAGCAGGAGACGGCCUGCGACGGCGGCGACGCGUCCGGCUACCUCGACGGCGUCGACUCGACGGGCACGCUCUGCGACGACUACGAGGAGGCCGAUCGCUACAUCAACUUCGCGCGGAAGGCGCGAUCCGCGUCCGACUCCGUCGGCGACGUCUCCGACUGCCUGCGGCGCCUCUACGGCGUGGACGACGACGCGACGUUCCCGCCGACGACGGUGACGCCCUACCCGACGUCGCUCCCGACGGCCGCGCCGAGCGACCAGCCGACGACGGCCUACCCGACGGCGACGCCGACGACCGGCGCGCCGUCGGCCGUGCCGACGUCCUUCCCGACCUGGGUGCGCGGGAACCUCACGGGCCACCGCGCCAACUUCUCCGACGACGACAACUAUUACUCGAGCGACCGCAUGGACCCGCCGCCGUGCAUGGACAACGACGAGUACGACGCGCUGCAGGCCAUGGCCAAGAACUACAAGAACACGGCCAAGCUCUUCAAGGGCAUCGUCCAGCUCAUCGACAUGGUCGCGCACAUGCUCAUGGACGUCAACGUGGACCUCGUCAUCCUCGUCUACGUCGGCCUCAUGCUCCUCCACGGCCUCAUGCUCCUCUUCAUCUUGUACGUCGUCUACUGCCCGGGUUUAGGCGUCAACGAGUUCAUCUACUACCUGUACGACGAGUCCUACAAGCGCGUCAUGCCCAAGCGCUACGAGCGGCGCUGCCGCGAGCUCGCGGACGCGGCGAACGCGGCGUUCGCGGACACGGCGGGCGCGCGCGCGUCGAAGAACUACAACAUGGCCUACAAGAUGGCGCGCAAGUCCGUGGUCUACGGCUACAACCAGGCCGCGGAGUCGGCCUGCGACGUCCACUACGUCGUCCGCUUCUGGCUCAUCUACCUCUUCAUCGACGUGCUCUUGUUCGUGUGCGGGCUGCUCAUCUUCUUCCACUUCGUGAUCAUCGCGCUGGGCAACAAGGCCACGUGCCGCGCGGUCUUCGACCUCCUGCCGGGCAUCAAGGCGAGCCUCCGGAUCUUCAAGGAGACCGCGGAGAAGUCCUGCUUCUUCGAGCUCAGCGACAGUGCCUACGGCACGCACCGCUGGUACGCGUCGGAGAUCGAGGAGGACUGCGACGUCGAGAUCCAGAGCGCGCUCAUCAAGGCCAUGCGCGGCGACCGCGGCGACGCGGCGAUCAUCACCAUCGCGACGAUCCUGCUCUGCGUGGGCCACUGGUGCCUCAUCCACUGGCUGCCCGCGGCCAUGGCCUACGCGAAGCCCGAGUCGCUCCGCGCGCACCUCGAGGACCUCAUCGUCAACAACGAGGACGCGGAGCUCGCGCCCCUCGUGUCGCGCGCCAAGUCCGAGAUGAUGCUCGCCGACGUGCCGCCGCCGGGCGACGACGACGCCGCGCCCGCCGCCGACGGCGACGCGCCCGAGGAGAAGGCGCCGGACGCCGCGGACGACGAGCCGACGGCCGACCUGCCGCCGCCGCGGCUCCUCGUCGACCUGCCGCCGUCGCCGGAGGCCGGCGUCGUCGACCUGCCGCCGCCGCCGCCGCCGGCCGAACGGGACGACGUCGAGGCCACGACGCUCAGCCCGGGGGCGACGAAGCACCUCAUCGACCAACCGGGCGUCGGCGUCGAUUGCUGCGGCGUGGGAUCGCAGGACAUGAUGGAGGACCCGCCGGCCCAGCCCCAGGUGAAGAUGCUCUAG